ACAGUAACGAGAUCGACAAGGAAAAAAAAUGUACGAAAAUAAUCUCUUAACGCUCUCUUCAUGCACCAUGAAUCUCAAUUUCGCUUUCUCCCCAUUCCUUGUCUCUCAGAGACAACCAUUCUCUUCCCACAAGCGUAAUCUUCACACUCUCGUUGCUGUUUCUGCUAAUUCCGACAACCUCGCCGGUGAAGAUAACGGCGGAAUUUCGGCGGCAAAUAAAGGUUCUGGGACUACAGCGAGAGGAAGGAGAUUACUCAAGGUUAGAGAAGAGAAGCGAAAACGCGACUACGAUCGUCUUCACGAUUACCCAUCUUGGGCCAAGUACUUGUUUCUUUCCUUUUCUUUUGCACUCCAGGUGUUUGUGUUUUUGCCUAAGUCACGAGAAAGUGUGAACCUUUUUUUGGUGAAUGAUAAAUGCAGGGUACUGGAAAGUGCGUGUAAAGAUGAUGAAGAGCUUCGAGCUGUUCUUGGUGAUAGCAUAGGAAAUCCUGAGCUCAUGAGAAAGAAGGUUGAAGAAAGAGUUAGGAAGAAGGGAAAAGAUUUCCAGAAACAGAAGACUGGUUCUGUGCUUUCUUUCAAAGUUAACUUCAGAGAUUUCAAUCCUGUAGAUUCCUUCAUAUGGUUUGAGCUCUAUGGAACGCCUUCAGAUCGAGAUGUUGAUCUCAUUGGAAGUGUUAUACAGGCAUGGUAUGUUAUGGGGCGAUUGGGCGCUUUCAAUACAUCCAACUUGCAGCUAGCAAACACAUCCCUAGAAUAUGAUCCUCUCUAUGACGCAGAGAAGGGCUUCAAAGUGAUGCCUUCAUCGUUUCAUGACAUUAGCGAUGUCGAAUUUCAAGACAACUGGGGUCGUGUGUGGGUUGAUCUUGGUACUUCCGAUAUCUUCGCCCUUGAUGUGCUUCUCAACUGUUUGACAGUUAUGAGUUCAGAGUACUUGGGCAUUCAACAAGUAGUAUUUGGUGGUAAACGAAUGGGAGAUUGGGAAGAGGGAAUGACAAAUCCUGAUUUUGGGUAUAAGUACUUCAAGAUCUGAAUCUUCUACAAAACAGUUUUGUUAAAUAUAGGCUUCUUUUUUGUGCUCUUAAGAACAAAUAGCUAAACAGUGUGGAAGAAAUGAUAACCUAGAUCAAUACAACAACCGAAAUGGCUCUUUACACACCAAGUUAGCUUGAAACGAGAGACAGUACCGUAUCCAUACGCAAGGCAAAGGUUACGGACCCGAGCAGUGGCCAUACGCAAUACGCGAGGGUUAGUUAGUCUUCCAUAGACUCUAUUGGUUAGCUUGGUAGAGUUAGGCUUUAGUACUGUUAAACUCCACAUUGGAACCAAAUCCACAUCCAAAAAGUAUCACGAUGAAACUUCUUGAAAUGUUAAGUUGAGUUCAUGGAGAGUCUUGGCCACCAAAUUUCCUCUUCUACAUAUCCAUAAAGAGAUAUAUAUAUAUAUAUAAGACAUAAGAUAAUAGACUUCAAAAAAAGAGAGAAGAUAACCAUCUAACUCUUCAUUGUCCAGUAGAUGAAAUUUACCCACCUUGCUAAAGAGGGAAGGCAAGCCUUGAUUUUCUCGAACUCGACAAAGCAACAACUGUACCGCUCCAUCCUGAAUAGCAAAAAUCAUAUUUGACUUGCCAAAGAGAGUAAAUUGCAAUCGAAAACGACAAUGAAUGGUGAGAUUGAAGCUCGGACCAACCUUUGCUCAGCCUCAAUAUCUACACCAACAGAUGAGGGAGCGGAAAGCGACGAGUAAAUUUGUGACCCAUACAUUCUUACCAGCUUAAGCAGCAAAUCAAGGCAGACACUC